AUGUCGUCGACGUCGUCCGUCGCGAUCGAGGAACGCAACGUGACCGCGCUCGCCGCGCUCGCGAAGUGGAUCGAUGUCGACCAGACCAAGUGCGAGUGCAGCGCGCGCGCACUACCGUGGGUCGCCGAUAACGAGGCGUUCUUCGGGAUCGCCUGCGGUGAUGCCGCCGAUACUCUUUUGACGAGGACGAUGCGCGGCAUGGAAGGUGCGCCCGGCAUGGCGCACGAAGGUUCGCUCGCCGCCCCGAACGGCACGGCGAAUCCACUUUUGAUUGUGCAGCCGCGCUUCGAUCCGGUGUGCCCGCUACGGGACGCGAAGGUCGUGCGCGCGCGACGUGGCAAAGUGACGAUCUUCGCCGGUCUGGCUGUCACCAUGGCCUUUUAUCUCCUCAAUGGUCCGUUGAGGAACUUCACGCCGCCCUUGGAAACUGCGCCUACGUUCGACUGGUCUAAUAUUGAAUCAUCCAUGGAUCUUCGGUGGACGGCCUGCGCGGACGGUCAUGAAUGCGCACGCCUUCUCCUCCCUCUCGACUACACCGACUCGUCAGACGAACGUACGACCGCCAUCGCGCUCCGCCGCGUGCUCUCGUCCACCCGCAAUACAUCCUCUUAUCGCGGCUCUAUAUUCAUCAACCCAGGCGGUCCGGGCGGCUCGGGCACUUUCGUUGCGGAGUACCUUGGAAUGUCGCUCAGCAUACUCACUGGUGGAAAUUACGACAUUCUCGGCUUCGACCCUCGUGGGAUAGGGAGGAGCACUCCAGAGGCGAGCUGCUUCGACACGGACUCGGAGCGCAAGAUCUGGAUGUCGCAGGCCGGACAUCAAACUCUGAACGCAUCCGAACCAGAUACGGUCGGACUCUACUACGCCCGCGAGCGCGCUGUCGGAGAGCGAUGUGUGUCGCGUAUUGGGAGCGAGGAUGGCAUCGCGCGGUACAUGAGCACGCCAAGCGUUGUGCGCGACAUGGUCGAGAUCGCGAAUCUACUGGGAGAGGAGAAGGUCAAUUACUGGGGCUUCAGCUACGGCACCGUCUUGGGCCAGUACUUCGCGUCGAUGUUCCCGGAAAAAGUUGGACGGUUCGCCAUCGACGGCGUCUACGACGGGUACAACUACCGUGAGGCCAAGUGGAGCUCCAACCUCGUCGACAUGGACGCGACCAUCAACUCUCUCUUCGAUUUCUGCUACUUGGCGGGAGCCGACAAGUGUCCGCUCUGGGAUUCAUCUGUCCCUCGCAUCCGUCGACGCUACUUCGACGUGCUCGAAGGACUCAAGGACAACCCCGUUCCCAUCCCUCUGGCAAACCCACCUGUCCUCGCAACUCAGGCAUCCAUCAGAUCCCUGACGGUCUCUGCUGCGUACAGUCCCCUCACAUCGUGGCCUUCCGUCGCAGCAACGAUUCGCGCCAUCGAAGACGCCAACUCUACCAUGCUCACACACGUCGCACCCUUCGUCGCGCCACUGCGCGCGGAGUGCAAUUGUGGACCUCCUCCCGCGCCCAUCGACAUCGUCUUCAACGAGGCCUUCUCUCCGAUCGCCUGCGGCGACGGCGAGGAAAACGCUUUCGACCGUGCGGCGUUCGCGAAGCACUUCGAGGAGCUGUCAGAGGCUUCACCGCUCGCUGCCCCUGACUGGGCGCGCAUCUGGCUCACCUGCGCGGCGUGGCCGACAUCCGCGCGCCCCGUCUGGCGCUAUACGGGCCCGCUCGCUGCCCGAACGGAACUGCCACUCCGAUGCUCAUCCUCCAGCCGCGGCGCUGGGCUCCUCGUGCAGGAGUCAUACGGGCACUGCACGAUCUCUGCGCCGUCGCUGUGCACCGCGAAACACGUGCGCGCAUACUUUGACGACGGGGUGCUGCCGGCGGAGGGCGCGACGUGCGAAGCAGACGUGCAGCCGUUCGUUGGGAAUGUGCGGGAUGUGCGGGCGAUGAGCGCGGACGACGCUGCGCUGUUCGACGCGGUCUCCGCGCUGUCAGAGGCGGUGCCUCGGUGGGGUCAUUUUGCUUAG